UUUGAGUUAGUGUGUUUCUUUCAUUCAUACCAGUGUAGGAAAUAGCGACUAGAUUGGAUUGUAUGAGCAACCUCCUACGUCAACAUGUUAUGGAAGGGCUUCAAAGAGUUUGAAAAAAGACCUAAAAAAAUUGAGUUUGUAAUUUUAAGGGGUUGAAGGAAGAAGACUACUCUCCACCAAGCAUUCUUUUUUAGCUUCAUGUAACCCGCAUUCCUUCUUCCUUUUGCUCUUUCAUUUCAUUGUUCUCUAAAGUGCCCCCAACUACGAAAAAAUGACCAUCCCACAAGAAAUCCUUAAAGAUGACAUGACAGUAUGUGAUAUAGAAAGCUCCAUGGCUGCUGCUACUGCUCCUGCCGCUGCUACUGCUACUGCUGUUUCUACCACAAAAGAGCAUGGCAUUCACGAGAAAAAGUGGAAGUGUUGUGCUAAAACUGACAACAAGAAACGACAAAGCAACAAAGAAAAAAAUGCUCUUGGUCGCUCAUUCAAACGUAAAGAUGCUGAUGAAAAUCGCGUCAAAAAGAAACUGAAAAAGAAAAAUCACCAUAAAAAGAACUGCAGCAAAAAACACUCCCCCCAUCGAACAUCAGCAUUGUCAAACGGUAGUACUCAUUCAAAGUCUUCUAUGAAAAAGCACGCAAAACACCAAUGGCAACUGCAGGAAGAGGAAGAAGAAGAGGAAGACUAUUCAACGGAGACUGUCGGUAGUCAGUCGCAACAACCACCAUCGGAACGACGCCAGAAACAAAUGACAUUCACCGCCUCAGGAACAGUACUGAGCCAAGACAGCGAUGCCAACAUCAACAUUGUCAACCACAAUACAAGCCAUAUCAGCAUCAAAAAUAAGCGGAUUAUAAACAUUUUUAAUGAUACCCAAGAUAGCAACGACGACAGUAGUGUUCUACCCAAUAAUAGCGUUAUAAUCAAUUACUAUAGUAAUAUUCCUACUAACCUCAUUAUCAACCAAAUACCUGCCGACAUUGUCUACUCUAAAGAUACCCAAGCUCAAGAUGGAGUAGCAUUUUCAUAUAACGCACUGCACAAUAGUCUUGAUACAAGUACUACCCAUCGUCAUCAUCAGUCGUUGUUCCAUCUGGAGCACACACCUCCCCUUCAAUACAAAGAGCGACCGAAAAGAAACCAUCGUAACCCCCCCAUGUCCAUCAGUCAAUCGGUCGAUUCAUUGAGAAGCGAUACCUCGAGUAGUCUGUCGUCCAUAGCCACCAUAGCUCUGGAGGAUGAAGACGAACAAGUAGCUGGCCAGCAAGAGACCGUGAACAACCUAACCAUUGCAAUAAAACGAGAAGCAGAAUCAGAAGAUAAUAAUAUUCACUCAACAAAUAAUACAGAUUUGAUCUCACAAAAAUACGUGCAGAUUGAUGAAUCGAACAUCCUACCCAAUAUUGGCAAUCAAAGAUAUGCCACACGACGAAGAGCUUAUCGGCCGCCUGCCAAAAAGAUCAAGCACAUGACGGAGGGCAUUCAAGAGAGUGGUGCACCAAGCGUGGCAGCCACCCACGAGGAGGAAGACAUGCAACAACAGCAAGCAUCCACCCUUCUCGAAAAGAAUCUGUCACACCCCACGGUAGCCAUUCGAACGAAUCCAUCCUCUCGCCAAUCAAAACUGGAAAGAAAAUUGACAACAUUUAUCACUCCACCAGCACAGACAGAAUAUAAAUACAGCACAGAAAAAAAAGUGAGCAGCAACGAGACUUUCACAACAAAACCAACAACCGCACCUACGAAUGGUAUGGCCAAAAAACCCAAGAGCAAGCAACCCUCCAAAAUAGCAAUGACGACAGCUACCACACUUCCCGCCUGUAGCAACAGUCAGAAGCGAGCAAACACCCGCAAUCUGGAGUAUGCUUUCCAGGAACGUAUCGAAGGUUCGCUUCAACUUCAAAAUCGACAUUUGAUUGUAUCCGAUGUCUUAAUUGGGGAAGGUCAGUUUGGCGCAGUUCGUUUAGGAACGUAUAAAGGACUGGAAGUAGCAUGCAAAAUGAAGCGCGACAAGAUUAGUCAUGCGCCUUUCGAAGCACAAGCGAUUCGAGAGCUGCAGUUUGCUGCCAAGUUAUCCGCCUGUCGAUAUGUGAAUCGGUAUAUAGGAUGGACCUAUUGUCAGCGGCAUGUGGUAGAAGAAAGCAAAAUGCAUGCAUCAAAAAAAGGACUGUCACAUCCAAGGUUGUAUAUAAUACAGAACUAUGUGUCAAACGGAGAUGCGAGAACUUAUCUGAACAAGAGAAUGGAUCUUAUUCAACCACAGGAAGUGUUACAAGCAGCCAUUUGUCUGUUCUCCACUCUAGCAGACGCGCAUAGUUUGAAUAUAGGAAUUGUCGAUCUGAAACUGGAGAAUUUUUUAAUUGACUCUUCAGGAACAGGCUGGGUGACAGAUUUCGGUUCCUGUAUAGAAUUUAGAGAAGGCCAAUCCGUCAUUCACUUAGACAAAGAAGGUGUAUCAUGGACUAAAAAUGUGGCCUCUCCAGAAAUGCUGAGAGACCAUGAAUUCUGCAAAGCUUCCGAUGUAUUUAUGGCUAGCUUAAUUAUUGCAGAGCUCAUGACGGCAGAGCUGAGUGAUUCAGAUUUUUACCAUCAUAUUCUAGGAAGAAAUCGACACAAUGGCACGGUUAACUUUUCGUCGAAACCUAUUAAUCGAAAGUUUGCACCCUUCUUUUAUUUACUAAAGAAAGGCUUGGCCAACGAACCUAGCCAAAGACCUUCGGCAACAGACAUUUUGAAUUACCUGUUAAAAAUGAGGGUUUAGAUAACGAUACGAAAGCAGUUAACUGUUCAACACUAUGAGUCAACUAUUUCAAUUUGAAAUCACUACCAAAUGCAUUCAAUAAAGGUGCACCUAUUUAUGUCUUUGCUAUAUGCCCUAAAGUGCUCGCUUUCCUGUCAUGAUCUCAAACCACAUUUUCAUGUCUCCUCUAAAAGACCAAAUAGGGUAUCUAAAAGUA